AUGUGCAGGGAGAAUGCUGAAGAGAAGAAGGCGGAGGCCGCCCGCAAGAAGGCUGAGCGGGAGGCCCUCCUCGCCGAGGAGGAAAAGAACACCCCGGGCCGGUCGGCUCCCAAGAAUGCAAAGAGCGCAGUCAAGAAGACUAAAGGUCUCGACCAGGCUCUUGGGCAGCUUGACAAUGAUGCGCCGCUCCCCACUCUGAACGCAAGUGGCAUUGAGAAUGCCAUCGACGCGCUAGGCCUUACAGAUUCGAAGCCCUCAUUGAAGAUCGACCGGCACCCGGAAAGGCGGCAGUGGAAGUAUGAUGAGUGGAAGCUCCGCCGACUAAAGGAAAUGGAGGCGAACGACCCCGACUGGGAGCAGAAGAAGAAAUACCGGAAUGCUCUCAGCGAGAGUCUCUGGAAGGAGUGGAAGAAUUCCCCCGAGAACCCCACGAACCAGGUACAUGCCGCGUACAAUUCGACCCAGGAGGACAUUGCGCAGAUUCGGGCUCAGAUGAGCAAAGACACUGAGAAGAGGCUGGCCUCGAAGUGA